ACACUCUUCUCCCUCGAGUCACAGCUGAUUUGCUCGCCAUCUUGGCGUGAUCAUAAACAUUGCUGCCCUGUGCUCAAUUAUCGCACCAUUAUCUCCAAAAACCGAAAAAUUGCCAGCACAUUACCGAGACAGCCUCAAUACUGUGUUGCAGCGAACUAACUUAGAUGUUUAGGAAAUCAUUGCGCACGUAGAUGAACAUACAAGUCAGUAUUAUGUGGGUUUCCUGAUCACUUGGUUAAGGGAUGGGAGACCUAGAAGGACCCCCAUCUGCAGACUGAAGGAGACAGUCUUGCUGUUGAUUACAGUAGAAAUGGACCUGGACUAUGAAAGACGCCUGUUAAGGCAAAUCAACCACCAGAACAUCCCUGAGGGCCACCUGUCCAAGUCAGGGUAUGCAGCGUGCAGUCCGGUUACUGUUAAAUCAGGAGACAGAUUCAUCCCCACACGUGCCGGCAGCAACUGGAGCAUAAACUUCCACUAUGCCAAUGAGAACUGUUGGUCACCCAAUCAGAAUCAGCGGGCGAAGGAUGCUAGUACAGACACAGGGAAAGACGCUGUGGCGUAUGCUGCUCUGCUAAGAAAUGAGCUGUUGGGAGCAGGAAUCGAAACCGUGCCUGAUCCUCACAUGGAUGACCGUCGACACACCAUCCUCAUGCAGGACACACACAGCCUCUUCAGGUACACCAUCCACACAAAGAGAGUGCCUUUUGACAGUGAAAUCUCCCCCUUCUCCCUCUCUCCUCUCAGUAACAAAAGUCACAAACUUUUACGUUCACCCCGAAAGCCAGCACGCAAGAUUUCCAAGAUUCCAUUCAAGGUUCUUGAUGCCCCAGAGUUGCAGGAUGACUUCUACCUCAACCUGGUGGACUGGUCCGCUGGAAAUCUCUUGAGUGUUGGUUUGGGGGCCUGUGUUUACCUGUGGAGUGCCUGUACCAGUCAGGUGACGCGAUUGUGUGACUUAUCAGUGGAUGGUGACUCUGUUACAUCAGUGUGUUGGAAUGAGAGGGGAAGUUUGGUGGCUGUAGGGACCCAUAAAGGAUUUGUCCAGAUUUGGGACGCAGUCGGAGGGAGGAAGCUGAACAGUUUGGAGGGACAUUCAGCACGCGUAGGAGCCCUUGCGUGGAAUGGAGAGCAGUUGUCGUCGGGGAGCCGGGACAGAGUGAUUCUGCAGCGGGACGUGAGGACGCCUCCUCCUGUGGAGAGACGCCUCCAGGGCCACCGGCAGGAAGUGUGUGGCCUCAAGUGGUCACCUGACCACCAGCACCUCGCCUCUGGAGGGAACGAUAAUAAGUUGCUGGUGUGGAACAGCUCCAGUCUGCUCCCCGUUCAGCAGUACAGCGAUCACCUGGCUGCCGUGAAGGCCAUUGCCUGGUCUCCUCACCAGCACGGCCUGCUGGCUUCUGGAGGAGGAACAGCUGACCGUUGCCUUCGCUUCUGGAACACUCUGACCGGACAGGCUUUACAGAGUACUGACACCGGCUCACAGGUCUGCAACCUGGCCUGGUCCAAACACGCCAACGAGCUGGUAAGCACACACGGCUACUCCCAGAACCAGAUCCUGGUAUGGAAAUACCCAUCCCUCACCCAGGUGGCCAAGCUCACAGGACAUUCAUACCGGGUGCUCUACUUGGCAGUGUCUCCAGAUGGCGAGGCCAUUGUAACGGGAGCAGGAGACGAGACGCUGAGGUUCUGGAACGUCUUCAGCAAAACACGCUGCACCAAGGAAUCCAAAUCAGUGUUGAACCUCUUCACCAGGAUACGGUAGUUCACAUCCGGAGAGUAAUCUAUCCAAUCACAUGAACGAAUGAAAGCCUUGAACUCACUCUGUUCUGAGUCCUUGCAUCAACUCUAGACCCUCCGACAUUGGGACACCACAGCACUUCCUUCACUCUCUUUUUUACUCCGCAGAUUUCUGUUUUACCCCGUAAAAUGCCUUGUUGUUUGUGUUAAGAUUCAGUCGGUUCUUUUUAUUAUUGUACAUUGUGGGAAGUUUAAACAGAUGUGCUAUUGUAUAAGUAGAAGUGUUAAUAGAGAAAUUAACCUGUAUGACUUAUAUUAUAAUUAUCAUGACUUUUAGUCAUGAGGUCAAAAUGAAAUGGCUUGUUAUGAACAUUUCAGUAUUUUAUAUGUGUCUCUAAACAGAUCAUGAUAUCUGUGAGAAAUAAAUGCUCUUAACACUAACCCAGUCAC